UAUAAUGUUCGCGCAAAUGUAUUAAUUCCCUCGUGGAUGAGAGUUUAGCCUGCCGCCCAUUUCAAGGUGAGAUGGACAGGCCGAGAGUGUGGCUUGCCUUUCUGGCUUUCAUGCUUGCCAGCACGGGCAAGUGUAUCCGCGCUCCGGUGAGUACCAGUGACCAGUACGCGUUUCACCGGGACUGUGAGUCUGGUAAGCUAGCCGAGCAGUUCACUGAGCAAUCGCCGCGCACUGUCGUCCACGAUACGAUGAUAUUCCUUGCCACCUACCGAAGCAAUGGGAGCCGCUACACGUUCGACGGUGAGGCCGGGGAAUUUGGCAGUAAGUAUCCUGGAUGUGGGCGAAGCAUUGAGCGCGCAUGUUCCACAAUCGAACAGGCCAUAAAGGAAGCACGAAAUACGAGAUCGGAAACCGUUGCCUUGAAGCUGAUAGCUCACCCGUCAUCUGGGUGUAGGAUUGAUCCAUAUGAGGACGCCGCAACUCCAAUCUUCCAAAUCAGCUCUGUGCCGAAUCUAACACUUAUAACGGACACUUCGUUUGGAUGCCAGAAAUCUGUGAUAGAUCUACAUGGAAGGCGUACUCUGCUCUCCUUCGAGAUGCCUGAUUCUGGUCUGUUUUCAUUACGCUGUGUAGAUAUCAUAUUCCAGUCCAAAAGGUGUCUAGGAAAAAGGUUGCUAAUCGAAGUCCUCUUGAGAAAUCCAUCCGUCGAUGUCAUGUUUCAGAACUGUGAAUUCACUGGCGAAGGCACGUCAUUGUUGCACGUAGUUGGUUCAGUUCUGGUGGGAGGAGACGGUUCAGAAAUCACUCUUACUGUGGCUCAAUGCCAUUUUCAUGUGCAGGGAACUAUUCCCGAUCUCGUAACUUUUGACGGGGCUCCAGGCUUGGAGACCCACUCGAUCCAGAUCCAUAUUCUCAACUCAAUCUUCCAAGGUCAGAACGAACUGCUGCGGGGUGUUUCGGGCAUUAAUCUGAACUACCAGCACGUAGAGGUCAUUGUUAUUAUACAUAACACAUCGUUCAUAGGUUUUAAUGUCUCAGAAGCGGUGAUUUCCAUAGAGUGCUUGGAUCCAAACACCACCGUUGUGGUACACGACACACUGUUCAAGGACAACCACUACUCGAAUGCUGCACUCCUCAUCUCUGACUGCAGCAAAGUCUGCAUCGAUGGAGCUAUCUUCACGGAGAACAAAGCUGCACGGUGCAAUGCGCCAGCAUUGAGAAUCACAGAUUGGAAUGAGGAGCUCAAGGUCCACGCCGCAGUUGUACGAUCGCAAUUUACUCUCAAUGAAGGACUGCAUCAUGGAUGCAAAUCUGCGGUUGAUUUGGAUAUCCGAGGUCGUGUACCUUCUACGCCCAUCCAGAGCUCCAUCAGAUCCGUCGAAUUCGUUCAUGGUCCUGAGUCCGAGGAGAUCUUCAUGAACUUGGAGCAAACGGAAUCUCGCAUGUCCAACAACACGUUUUUUCGGAUAAAGUGCGUGGGUGGAGACUUCCAAGCUGUUCAAAGCAAAAUCUUCAUAGAAGGUUUGCACAGGGCUGUAUGCCCGGGAAUCUACCCCUGGAUACUCCAGCAAGCUGAAGUUCACAUAUCGCAGAUCACCAACUUACGGCACAUGGUCGUGGCAAAAAGCUUCAUCUGGGAAAAUGCCACUGAACAAUGGUCCAUUGAUUGGGCAGAGCAUGUGGUAAUUGACGUGAAUGUCGGUGCCACUGUUGCGGAUGUUUACCAAGAUUAUGGAUUGUGUUCCUCAAAGGCACUAUCCACUGAAUCCGAGGAGUUUAGCUACCGACCCAAGAAUCCAGUCCUACCGUGCUCCAUUCAAGUUGAAAAGCCACUGAGGUUCAUAUGUGACAGUCCACGUCAAGCAACGUCAGCGUAUAAUACUUCAACUGAGUGUAAUGCCUAUGGCAUGUAUUCAGCUGCUUCGUGCUCAGGCACUCCUGUUCACAGCGCCAAUCACAGUGUAAUCUGCACAGGCUCCAAUUUCACUGCACUGAUAAUCAAGAGGUUUGGGGAAUUUGAAACUCUGGCUAAAGGCAAGCCUACCUGGAUUUUGUUCCGUCACUCCAGCACCGAAUGCAUCAAGCAACGGGGAGCAACAUGGCUCUAUUCUAGGAAGCAGUGCAAUGGAACCGCUAUUUCUGAGGCUUCGAAACAUAUCAGACAAGGUCGUGAAGCCAAAGACGAGGCUCUGAUAGCUCUUCGGGAUCAACUAAUGCGCCACCGAGACUCAUUGACGAAUACGUUCAUUGGGCAGGACAGUUGGAGCCUUCCUUGGGUUUAUGCAGCCGGGCAGGAUUGGAAAAGUGGUGAAUGGCGAGUGGGGCCUAAACGGCGAUGGCACACUAAUUACUCAGACUACCUAGGUUCAUUGGUCUUGUACCCAGCUGCUGGAGAGAUGAUAUCAAUUCACUUGGACACAUAUGACAGUUUCAUGAAUCCGCUGUCUUGCAGCAUGUCCGUGAGGGUGGCGGAAGGAUAUUGGCGGCAAGCUUCGAUUACUCUCUUGCGAUACGAUGGCGAUGCAUCAUCCCUUGGUUACGAGCCUGUGGACAGCGUUGAGUUUCUAUCAGGAGACGGCCUCACUGGAAUUGCUUUAGGCGGGCAACCCGGUGAUGUAGGUUGGCUGUUGCUCAGCAUUAAAGGCAGAAACAGCGCCAGAGUUGAGUUUUCGCAGACAAGUUUCCAACUGGAGAUACCGUUCAAGAUUCGUCCAUGCCAUAAGGGUUUCCAUGGCCCUGUCAAGAAGGAAUCCGGAACAAUGUUAGGCAAAAAGACGUUCUGGACAUGCGAAUGCAGUAAAUUACAAUUUCCCGGUAUCCGCAACUGCACAAAAGGCCGCCAUUUGAACAUCCGAUCUGGCUAUUGGGCUGGCAACCCACUCGACGCCCCAGAAUUGCAAGGAGAGAAAAAUCUUUCAGACAUGGUGACCUGGGAGAUGAACGAGUCGCUUCCAUUUAAUGGCUCUAACACGUUUGCGAAGUACGUGGUUUACCCGUUCGAGAUAGCGCAGUGCAAGAAUGGGCUGUGUUUUAAUCACGACUGGAAGUAUGGCGAAGGUCAAUCCUGUCCAGGAUAUUCGUCCGGUUCGCUGUGUGGUCGUUGCUUGCAGGGAUACUGGCAGACACUCGUCACUCAGAAAUGCCAACAUUGCUCGCUCUCCUCUCGUCGAAUGCCCUUACACUGGUACGUGGUCACAACGAUUGUUUUGACAGUAGCUAGCUUCCUCCUAAUGUUACGAUUCAACUUUGGUCUUUCCCCAGUACUGGAUAGCUGGAUGUUCCUUAUUCAGGCCUGCUGGUACGUGUUCCCCAAAGACAAAUCACCAAUUCAUGCCGCGAUUCACUCAAUACUGACAUUUGGCCUGGGCAAUCUUUGCUUCGUAGAGCCCCUGGACAGACUGGACAGCGGCCAACUCCUUUUGUUGCAACCAAUGAUGUUACUCUUCCUCUUCAUGAUGGUGAGGGUACUGAGGUCAUACAACGUCACCGGAAAGUACAUUCAACGCCUGCAAAGUCACAUGCUGCUCGUACGCGUCAUGUGGUUCGUGCUGGUGUACAGCUAUUUCGUGUUGGUCUUCACCAGCAUGAAUACCCUGUGGUGCACACGCCUGAGCCACAGAGGACAAGUUCUGGCAGUGGAUGGCGCCAUCAAGUGUUACAAUGGCAAACACAUGCUGCACACCAUCCUUGCAGGGCUGAUUAUCCUCUUGGUCAUAAUUCCACCGCCACUAAUCCUCGCCAUUCCGCAGUGCCAACGCAGCAUCCACCUGAAGGGAUUCAUUGACGAGGCCAGUAGUCUCUACAAGGACGAUCGCCGCUGGUGGGCCUCUGUGAACUUACUGAGAAGAGUGGCAGUAGCAAUCAUCAGCGUGAUGAUGACUGGAAGCGAGAAAAGUCGAAUAAUGGCUCUCACCGCAUUUUUCUGGUGCUAUUGCGCAUUUCACACCCAAUGCCGGCCCUUUCGGAGCCACAACCUCGCCGGAGUAUCGGCCAACACUUGGGAGAGCAUGUUUCUCUUCGGCCUUUCGCUUAUUGCAAGCCUCGAGUCACACGCUUUCGACGAGGACGAAGGCCGCCACCGUGCAAUGCACACCGCGGCAUUGACCUUACUGGGUUCCAUGAAUGCUCUCCUGCUCGUGGCAUGCUUAGCCAAACAAUGCUGUUCCAGGCACGGUGGUUAUGGUCUGCUCAAGGACCUGUCGUUAGCAGUAUGGUGGCGCAGAAGGCAGAAUUCCCGGGACAGCGAGACAGAAGUGGAGCUGACAGAGUCUACACUUGACGUCAUGGCUCGCAACAUGAGGGAGCCACUAAUGAUCGAGCAAAUCAGGGAUGCGCAUAGCAGAGGAAGUGACCAUUCCUCACCAAAAUCUUGCAUCAUCCUCUGACGACCUACUGAUCCGGGACUUAUGACAAUACGCGAUACUAGAACAUGUUGGUAUUCAGCUGUUGUCCCUUAUGUUGACGUUGUUGUUGUUGUUGUUGUUGUUGUUGUUGUUGUUGUUGUUGUUGUUGUUGUUGUUGUUGUUGUUGUUGUUGUUGUUGUUGUUGUUGUUGUUGUUGUUGUUGUUGUUGUUGUUGUUGUUGUUGUUGUUGUUGUUGUUGCUGCUGCUGCUGCUUCUGCUGCUGCUGCUGUUGCUGCUGCUGCUGCUGUUGUUGUUGUCGUUGUCGUUGUUGUUGUUUUUGUUGUCGUUUUUGGUGCUGUCAGUAUUGGCAGCGGCGACGUCAUCGUCUUUGUUGUUGCCGUCGUCUUCGUUGUUGCCAUCAUUGUUACCGUCGUCUCCAUUUUGAGCACUUUCUUGGGUUUUAUUGGUUUUAUCAAGGUAUCAAACUGUCAAUUCACUACUGACUGUUGUCAUACAUGGAAAUGCAAUGCAUCCAACCUCAUUAUUGCAUCCCUUUUUUGACAUAACCUCGUACAUGUAAUUCUCAUCAUAAAGACAAAUUGAACAGGCUCGAUUUCAACUCGCAUGGGAAAUUGCCAUCAUCAUUUUCCUUACAGAAAAUCUGCAUAUUGUGCACCUGCUUUCUAUCCACACUCACUUCAAAAGAUGGCCUUUUAGAAAUUCUUGCACAGCUUCGCCCUCAUUUUAUACUGCAUACAAUUUCCUGCAAAGCAUUAUACACGAUUGUACACAUACAUGUGACGAGUGUAUUUACUUCUAUGUCGCUAGACUGCAUUUUACCUGCUUAGGUUCACCAUGCAUUAGAAGAUCAGCCCAUGGUCCUGGCCUCAGGUUGAAAUCCUUCAAAAAGUAAAGUUGUCUUUACACAGUGCGUGUGUUUCAUUCCUCUUGUCUCACUUCUCACCUUCUUUUUCCAGCUUUUCCCCUGUUUUCUUACCUCCCCUUGUGCAUAAAUUCUUCGCUACAUGUAUCACCUAGUGGUGAUGGUUACCACUCUUGUGAUGCUACUUAUCCCUAUGUUUCAUUGGUUCUGGUUGCUUGUAAUUCAUUUGAAGAGCAUACCCGAAAAAAGGUU